AUGUCUCGUGGAGGAGAAAAAGAUCAUGCAGUCGUUACGGAGAACCAAUGGUAUGACGCCUGGGUCAAACAACACAUCGAAGACCUAACGGGAAAAGUGGCCAUCGUCACUGGCGCCAACAGUGGAACGGGCUUCUGGGCUGCGAGUGCUCUGGCUGGCAAGGGAUGCACCGUUGUGCUGGCAUGUCGAAACCCUACAAAGGCCAAAGGAGCAAAAGACGAGAUCUUGGAAACCUAUCCUCAUGCCAAGGUGGAUGUGACCAUGGUUUUGGACAACAUGGAUUUGCAGUCCGUUCGUGACUUUGCCAGGCAAUUCAACGAAAAGUAUGACCGUUUGGAUCUUCUGUUAAACAAUGCAGGCAUCAUGGCACAACCAUUGAUCAAAUCCAAAGACGGAUAUGACAUCCAGUUCCAAACCAACCACUUGUCACACUUCCUCUUGACCAAGCUCUUGUGGCCCAAGAUUGUUGCUACACCAGGGCAAUCGCGGAUCGUGCAGCACUCGUCUGCGGCACAUUUGUUUGGAAAUUUCGAUCCCACUCAAAUGGAGUAUCCUCCCUACAACUGGGGAUGGUUUGGAUGGAUUUUCUUUUUGGUCCGUAUUGUCAUGCCAUUGAUGGGUAUGUCCCCUGUUCACAACUGGAUUCGUUAUGGAAUGAGCAAGCUGUGCAAUCUUCUAUUCAUGAAAGAGCUCAAUAAGAAAAUUAAGGAAGAAGGAUUGGGCAACAAAGUCAUGUCUGUUGCCUGUCAUCCUGGUUCAUCCAACACAAACUUACGAGUUGUAGCAGGAGAUGCUGCACCGAAAUUCAAUGGUGGACAGCAAUCAGCAGCAGAUGGUUCCUUGCCUUUGCUCAUGGCAGCAGUUGGCAAGGGCAUCAAGGGAGGUGACUACACAGGCCCAAAAAACUUCAUGAGAGGCCCACCAGUUCUUGCCGACAUCCUUGGCUAUGGUAACGACUUGACGUUGGCAGCCAAGCUUUGGGACUACUCUGAGAAGUGUAUGCAGGACAAGUUUGACCUUUGA